GGUUGGUGAGCGCGCAAAGACUUGUGGUCUAAAAAGUUUAAGUAGGGUUUGUGCAAGUAGUUGUCUGUAUAAGUCAGAUUUGUGCAUGAAAGUCAGAUUUUACAAAUGAAUCCUUCAGGGUAUAACGGUGCAUGGUAAUGCGUUUUAAUCGUCUGGCCUGCCUCUUAUCCGCGGCGUUAAGUAGGUAAAGUCUACGAGAUGUGGUAGCUACCGCCCAGGAUUAAUGUUCCACGAAUCAACAAGUCUGAGAAAAUAACCACGAUUUACCCGUCCCAGUAAAGGCUUUAAUAGCAAUCCAUGAAUUGGUAUAUGAAUAAAAAUUCCCUGCAGAAUAAAGCUGCUGCGUAGGACUAUAGCUAUUUAUAACAAGUCUCAUGCGCAAUUCUUGGGUUUGAAGACCGUUUGAGAGUCUGUACUUUACAAAAAAUGCCUGUGUACACAUUUGAUAAACUGUCGGAAAUUAGGCAGUCUGAGUUCACUGUAAUUUCGUUUUUGCGCCAGUUUGGAAUUCUCAAAGAGCAAAAGAACUGCCACAAAUGUGGCACUGGUAUGUCUUUUGUGUCAAGGCGUAAAACAUUUGUGUGGAAGUGCAAAAAGGGCAUCUGCAGGAGAAGCAGUGGACUGCUGGCUGGUACCUAUUUUUAUAAGUGUCGUCUACCGCUGCGUACCCUGAUUCUUCUUAUACAUACAUGGGCAAUGAAAUUUCCUGCGAAAGAUGCAUUCAUGUUUGUGGGCAUACCUAGAAACACUGCGGUUAACUGGUACAGGUUACUGCAAGAUGUGUGUAGCUGGAAAAUGCUGCAAGCGCCAAUAAAACUUGGGGGCCCUGGCAAAGUCGUGCAGGUCGAUGUCAAUGCAAUAGUGAAGACAAAGAGUGGAAGGAAGGAUGGCAUGACAAGCCAGUGGGUCUUCAGAAUGUAUGAUUGCACUGAAAAAUAUGGCUUUAUGACCUUUGUGGCCAAAAAAGAUGCAGCCACUCUCUUGUCCGUAAUCACUGAACAUGUUUUACCAGAAAGUACAGUUGUUACUCACCUUGCGUCAAUGUAUAGUGGGCUGGAUGCCAUCCCAAACAUGAAUUACGCUCAUUUAACUAUAAAUCGUUCUGAAAACUUUGUAGACCGUACCACGGGCGCACAUCUUAAUGCCGUGGUAGGCUACUGGUCCAGAGCAAAGAAAUUCUUCCAUCACAUGAAUGGCAGUCUGAAGAACGUGGCACCUUCUUACUUGCACGAAUUCAUGUGGCGAGACAGGUACGGGAAAAAUGUAGACGCUGCAUUUGAAAAUAUGUUUCACCACAUUCGUGAGUACCAAGACAGCAAAGCGACUGAGAGUAUGACACCUGCACAGCAUAAUGUGAUAUUCUUCUAUUUUUUUACGGUGUACUAAUUUUGUUGGUUAAAGUUCUUUGUUUGUUUUGUGGUUUACUGUUUCUGGUGAUCUAAGAACUAUUACAAAGUGUGUUUUUCAGUUUAAUAAAAUUUUGACUUAUAGUAAA